GGGUGGGGGCAGGGGUUCUUCAACUGGUGUCGUGGAUGGAAUGCUUGAGAGGAAAGGCGAAGAUGCGGGCGAUUCUGAGCUCGUGGCCUCUACAGCCGCGCUCUCCGAGGCCUCUGGUCUCCCCCCGGCCUUGUCCUUGUCCUCCUUGCCCGUCGAGGGAAAGGAGAAGAGGCGGCCGAGGGAGGCAGGCUUAAGGGUCCUUCGCCGGGAGGAGGAGGGCGUGGUGCUGGUGCCGCGGGGCGUUAGGGCAUGCGAGAAAGGAGGGAGGAGGGCGCUUGACGUCAGGGCUUUGGAGGCAUUGAGGGACGCGCCCCUGGGGGCUAUGGUGGGGCAGUGGGAGGAUGUGGAGUCUCACGAGCAAGGGGGGGCAGGAGAGGUUGCUUACGCUCAGGCAGCCCGCGACAGGGUUUUGGUGCAGGCGGAACGUACGGAAAGAGACGAGAAGGAGAAAAGAAAGCUUAGCGAAUUCGCUGCCGCUGCCAUUGCGGGACGUAAGAAGAGAGUUCGGGGUGCUCGCGGCGUCUCGAAUAGGGAUGAGGACGAGAGGGGGGGCAAACCCAACCCUUUCGACCUGCGCCAGCAAGAGCUACAGAAGCAGCCUAGACAGCUUAAUUCCUUACAAGGAAAUGGUGUUGGCAUGAAUGGACGCCAUGUUUGCAGCCGUGUGCGGGGGAAGCCAGCACAAAUGGGAAACAAAAAGUAA